GGUCGACGCGUGCUCCUCCUCGGUGUUUGUAAAUUGUACACUCGAAACGCAGUUGUGUCGCCCUCAGCGCGUAAAUUUAAUGUUCUUACGUUUAAAACAUUCGUCCUUCGUAUUCCAUUCAAGUAUUACUCGUCUUUGACUGCAACAGGCGUAGAGAACUCAGCCACGUCGCUAAUUCCAAAAGAACACACCAAGAGAUCAGUCGUGAAGAGAAAGCAGAGGCGGAUAUGGUUCAGAUACGCGACACCGAAGGGUUGACGAGAGCGGCGGCCAGGGGGAACCUCGACGAAGUGCGAAGGAUUCUGGAAGAAUACAGGCUGCAUCCCGAUACGGUCAAUCGGUUCGGCAGGACGGCGCUACAGGUGAUGAUGAUGGGAAACUCUGGUGUCGCCCGUUUGCUCCUGGAAAAAGGAGCUAACCCCAACUUGCAGGACGAGGGCGGGAUCGCUCCGAUCCAUGACGCCGCUCGCUCAGGCUUUGUGGAUACUCUGCGCGUGCUGGUAGAAUACGGCGCCUCGGUGAACGUGGCGGACCGAUACGGUGCGCUGCCCAUCCACUUGGCCAUACGGGAGGGCCACCAUGAAGCCGUGGAGUUCCUGGCGCCGCUCUCUGACCUGAGGCACGCCAACGCCUCUGGCCAGACGCCCGUCGACGUGGCCCGGGUGUACCAUCAGCCCGACAUGAUCCGGCUGCUUUUCGAUCACAUUCGCUCAUAGUCUCGGGCCGUUCCCGUUCCAACCUGUUGACUUGAAUUCGUUGGAGUUUAUGUGCAAGUUUAUUUGUUCUUUUUCUUAGCUUCCGAGUUCAUACACGAUGCACUUAUGUGGUCAUGGCAGCUAUUUUUCAGUUGGUGGUUUUGCACAGUGCAAUGUUGGCACCUUAUUUACUAAUAUGUAUUUAUGUUUGCUCUUUGAAUUAAUUGGGAGUGCACAUUAAUUAUUCUGAUCUCCCAGUGUUUGUGGUCAUUUGUAGCAAUUGUAACAGUUGAGUUGUCUUUUUUUAAUGUUCUGAAACUUGAAGUGGUGCAAAAUGAACUUAACCUGGCAUUACUUGUUGCAUGAAAUUAGAUGAAUUUAGACUGAAUUAUUUAUUACUGAAAUAGCAGUCAUUCUUUUUUUACAUUUUCUUUUAAUUUAUACUCAGAAUACCUUUAAUACAGAGAAGUGGGGGGAAAAAAUCAGUUUGCUGUUUGAAUAUGAAGGCACAAAAUAAACUUGGUCAGUUCUAAGGUGUUGGUUCAGAUGUGUUUCAUUCCAUAUUUAAUGUUUUUUUUUUUUGCCGCAAACAUAUGUAGUACUUAUGUUUAAUGUCUGAGGUCACUGCAAAAAGUUGAAUUAUUGGAGGUCCACGUGAAACCCUACGAUUUCAUGAAUAUUUUUGGGUCUAGAAUUGGGGGGGGAAACGAAGUCUAUAGGUGCUAAAUUAUGAUGCAGGCAGGCUGGAACAGACAUGAGCAUCAGGGGAGUGCAGUAACUCACCAUUUCCAGCAGUCUGCACUCUUU